CUAACCUAAUCGAGAUAUAAAACGCGAGCGCACACACACAGUUACCGAAACCAUCACUCUAUUCUUUCUCCGGCCUCUCGAUCAUCUCCGAUAAGAGACUUUGUUCGUUCCCAAACAUGGUAGCGGUGGAAGCCUCCCCUUGUCCGGCGCGGCAUGAACUGGAAGCUCAAAAGUUUCUGCAGAAUCUAGCGGUUGGGACGGCAAGCAUUCUCAAGAUUCCUUUACGCAAGGCUUUUGACGCUUGCCAGACUGAUGAUUUUUGUAGGUACGCGCGUGACUUGGAAUCAGCUGCUGCUUGCCAGAUUGAUGAAUUGCUUAUUAGGUAUGCACUUGAGGAGGCAGCGUGUUGUAGUCUCGCCGAUGCGUAUUUGCUCAAGCGUACCUAUCUGGCUGGAGAUUUUAUCUCUGUUGUAGACAUAGCAAUCUGGGUUGGCCUUGCAGGAAGUGGGCAGAGAUGGGAAAGUCUGAGGAAGUCAAAGAAAUUCCCUAACCUAGUGCGGUGGUUCAACUUAUUAUCAUUGCAAUAUGCUGAUGUCCUGAUCAAAAACAAUACUAUAACUGAUCUCGGUUUGGGAAAGUCGAUUGCGGCUAAAGUAAAAGGGAAAGAGCGAGCCAACAGGCAUGUUGGUGGCAACGGAAAAGGAGUGCUCGAUCUCAAGAAUGCCGUCGUCGGUAAAGUUCGCUUGCGUUUUGCACCAGAACCCAGCGGUUACCUUCACAUUGGACAUUCUAAAGCAGCCUUAUUAAACCAGUAUUUUGCUCAAGAGUUCAAAGGGAAAGUGAUUGUGCGCUUUGAUGAUACUAAUCCUGCCAAAGAGAGCAAUGACUUUGUGGUAAAUAUACUCAAGGAUAUAGAAACUUUGGGUAUCAAGUAUGAUGAAGUAACUUAUACUUCUGAUUACUUCCCGAAACUAAUGAAAAUGGCUGAGGAGUUGAUUAUUCAAGGGAAGGCUUAUGUUGAUGAUACACCGCGUGAGCAAAUGCAGAAAGAGAGAAUGGAUGGCACUGAGUCAAGCCAGGGGAAUAACAGCACAGAGGGGAAUAUGAAAUUGUGGAAGGAAAUGAGUGCUGGAUCUGAAAGGGGAUUGCAGUGCUGUCUACGCGGUAAGUUGGAUAUGCAGGAUCCAAACAAGUCACUGCGGGAUCCGGUCUAUUACCGCUGUAAUCCAAUUCCUCACCACCGUGUUGGCUCAAGUUACAAGAUAUAUCCAACUUAUGAUUUUGCAUGUCCAAUUGUGGAUGCGUUGACGGGGGUGACGCAUGCAUUGCGGUCUAGUGAGUAUCAUGACCGCAAUGCUCAGUAUCAUAGGAUUCAGGAAGACAUGGGACUUGCAAAUGUCGAAAUAUACGAGUUUAGUAGAUUGAACUUUGUUUAUACCCUACUGAGCAAGCGAAAGCUUGCUUGGUUCGUCGACCAUGGAACGGUCGAAGGAUGGGAUGAUCCCCGCUUCCCAACGGUUCAAGGAAUCGUGCGGAGAGGUCUGACCAUCGAGGCGCUGAUAAAGUUUGUUGUUUAUCAAGGAGCUUCAAAGAAUCUGAAUCUCAUGGAAUGGGAUAAACUCUGGACCAUAAAUAAGAAAGAAAUCGAUCGUUAUUGUCCCAGACAUACUGCUGUGAUUGAAGAAGGACGUGUCAUGUUAACCCUAACUGAUGGGCCAGAGAAACCAUUUGUCCGCAUCAUACCCAGGCAUAAGAAGUUCGAAGGUGCUGGACAAAAGACUACGACGUACACAAGGCAGAUAUGGAUCGACUCUGUUGAUGCCAAAUCCAUCUCGAUUGAUGAGGAAAUAACUCUAAUGGACUGGGGCAAUGCGAUAGUGAAAGAAAUCAUGAAGGAUGAGAAUGAUUGUAUUGUGCAGUUGACUGGGGUUUUGCAUCUUGAAGGAUCCGUCAAGACCACAAGGUUGAAGCUCGCCUGGUUACCCGAGACGAGCGAGCUGGUGAAUCUCUCUCUGGUGGAGUUUGACUAUCUAAUUACCAAAAAGAAGGUCGAUGAAGGCGAGGAUUUCCUUGACGUGCUUAACGAAAAUACGAGAAAGGAGACUGCAGCGCUGGGGGAUUCGAACAUGCGGAACUUGCAGCAUGGGGAGGUACUGCAGUUGGAGAGAAAAGGCUAUUUUAGAUGUGAUGUGCCCUUCGUUGGGCCUUCUAAUCCCAUUGUUCUCUUUGCUAUUCCAGAUGGUAGGCAACAGAAGAGGGCAUUGAUGUAGGACCUCUUUCAGUUUUCACUCAUCUGGAAUUUGACUUGCAUAGUUGAAGUCUAGAUGUAAGUAUUACUAAUGAACGUUUCUAA